UCGCAACCUCGAGCAUGUUGGAGAUUGGGCAAAGUCGAAAGGUUGAUCAACGGAGAGGACGGAAACGUGCGGGGAGCGAUCGUUAGAAUCAGUCCAAAGGGGAAACGGCCGACGACUUUGAAAAGAUCGGUACGGUUACUUUACCCACUAGAGGUAAGGUCCGACUCGGAAGCUGAAGAAAAUCGGUACGGAAAGAACGAAUUCGACGAAGCGAUCGGAAAUGAAAUGAACCAAGUCGAAGUAAAGAGACCAAGACGUGAAGCGGCGAAGCGGGGAGAAGAACGGCGAAGGAAAUGGAUCAAGGAACUGAAUGACAGCUAA